AUGUUACUCUUGACUGCGGAACGUCUGUCUACAGUUCUUGAUGAAGUGACCUCUCAGAAACCCGCUGAUGAUGAUUAUGAUCAACAUGAAGCCUACAAAUACUUUCAUUCAUGUGAUUCAAAGGCUAAGUUAUCCAUCCUUGGAUCGGUUGAUAAAUCGAUCACUAACUCUAUGAAAGGCAUAACCUUUGCCAAGGGUAUGAUGGAUAAGCUCAAGGAGCUUUUCAAUGAGACUGAUAUGAAAGAGGGAACUCCAGUCACCGAUCAUGUCUUGAAGAUGAAAAAUUUAUUCGAGAAACUAGAAACCCUGGAUACUUCCCUCACUCUUAAGUACAAAAGAUAUGUGAUCUUCAACUCUCUCCCCACAACAUAUAACCCUUUUAUCUGCAACUUUAACAUGAAUAGAUUGAAUGCUGAGCUGACUGAGGUGGACAAUAUGUUACAAGAGGUGGAGAAAACACUUAAGAAGGAAAAGGGUGAGGUCAAUGCCACAGAAGUCAAAGAUUCUAAUUCCAAGAAUAAAAGGAAUUAG